CGUUGAUAAGUUAUUGAAAUUUGUUCAUACGCAUUUCUAUGGAGCGCCCGUUUCGAAAUGGCGGAGUUUAGUCCUGGGUUGAAUAACAUGUAAUAAAGAUUAUUAUAGAAAGGAGAUGGCAACAAAUAAGAAAGAAACUUCCACAGGUCAAAGUCAGGCAGAUUAUGAGCAAGCUAAGUUAGAACGGCAGAAGAAGCUGAUAGAACAAUAUCACAAAACCCUGCUGCAAAUUUCUACAACACCUUUACAACCAAAAAGUGAAAAAUGUACCUUUAAUGACAUUUAUAUUAGACCCAAAAUAACGAGGGAAAUAAAAGAAGAAAAGGGUGAGACAGAGGAGGUUGAGGUUAAAACAAUGUCAGAAAUCUUCACAAAGGACGGAGUCUCCCAAAAAUCUAUAUAUGUUUUAGGAGAUGCAGGGUCAGGAAAAACUAGUUUUUGUAAAUAUCUGGUCAACUGUUGGUGUUUUGCACACAGUGAGGAACAUGAAGCUGACAAUGAAAAACAUGGAGGUGUCAACGAAAUUGAAGGUGACAGUGAAAAGCGUGGACGUGAUAAUGACGAAGAUGAAAAUCAUGGAGGUAGUUUUUGUAAAUAUCUGGCCAACUGUUGGUGUUUUGCACACAGUGAGGAACAUGAAGCUGACAAUGGAAACGAAGAUGGCAGUAGCAAACCUGAAGGUGACAUUCAGGAUAACAGUGAUGGCUUAAUACACUCCGAAUCCCACAAUGAUGACUCUGGUGGUAUCUUAACAGACUUUGAAUUUGACAUAAAUUAUGAACUGAAAUUCAAUGGUGUAAAAGAGAUGAAGAAAUUUGAUAUUGUAUUUUACAUCCCUCUUAGACAGUAUCAAAACAUUGACACUAUUGAUGAAAUGCUUCAGAAACGUUAUCAAAUGAAAAUUGUAAACACACUUCCUGAAGAGGAAUCCUCUAGAGUCAUGAUUUUGCUUGAUGGCUUAGAUGAAUGGUCUUCUGAAAAUAUCCCAGAACAUUGUAUCUUUAAGGAGUACACAAUAGUAACUACUUCGCGGCCAUGGAAAUUUCAUACAUUAAGAUUAAGUGAUGUGGAGAUUGAACAGUCGCUGAAUCUGAAAGGGUUUGAUUUAAUAUGCGAAAGGGAAAUGGUAAAUAGGACAGUCUCACAAUUAAAUGUAAGAAGACAUGCUAAUAAAAGAGCUAGAGACUGUAUGGAAAAGCUAAAGGAAGAGUCCCUGGAAAGUUUAAAACAGGUACCAAUUAUGCUACAACAUCUGAUAUGUCUAUGGUUUGAUGGUAAACUCGAUAAAACCUCAAGAUGUACCAUCUACACCUGA